GGGAAAACACAGCCCAGCUGAAAGAGUGAAAACACACACAAGGGUGAGAAAACCUAUGAUUGUGUUACAGAGAGAGAAGCAGUCAGAUAGGUGCAUGAAUACACAGAAGCAGCCAGAAAAGAGAGCGAAAGAAAAAGAAGAAGAAGAAAAGAGUAAGUGAGACUCUGAGAGAGGAAGAUAGAGUGUCAGAGAGAGAAGGAGGAAGACGAAGUGAAAGGGAAUCAUGUCUCUGAAUGGGAAGGUGGCUCUGGUGACUGGGGGUGCUCAGGGCAUUGGGAGAGCCGUGGUCCAGUCACUGCUGCAGAGCUCAGCUAAGGUGGCCGUGGUGGACCUGAACAAAACCUGCGGGGAAGAGUGCAAGAAAGAGCUGGACGCAGAGUUUGGAGAGGGCAACUGCACCUUUAUUCAGUGUGAUGUGUCUAAUGGAGACAUGCUGAGAGACGCCUUCCAGAGUACAGUGGACAAGUUUGGUCGCCUGGACAUUGCCAUCAACAACGCCGGCAUCAACAAUGAAAAGAACUGGGAGAAGACCAUACAAGUCAACCUGACAUCAGUAAUAAAGGGGACCUACUUGGCACUUGAACACAUGAGUAAAGAGUUUGGCAAGGAAGGAGGCACUAUCAUCAAUGUAUCCUCUAUGGCAGCCUUCAUGCACUCCCCUCACCAGCCCGUCUACACUGCUACUAAACACGGAGUCAUCGGCUUCACUAGAGCUAUGGCGGACGCCUCCUCUCAGGGUGACUACGGCGUUCGUAUCAACGUCUUGUGUCCAGCUUUCGUUGACACUCCUCUGCUGCACUCAGUGGAACACGAGGACAACAUGGGGAAGUUUGUCAAGUUCAAGGACGACUUCAAGCGCAGCAUGAACAAGUUUGGAGUUUUAAAGCCGGCGUUGAUAGCAGAGGGCAUGAUGAGGUUGAUCAUGGACACCAGUCUGAACGGAUCAGUGAUGAAGAUUACCUGCUCCAAAGGAAUCCACUUCCACACCUAUGAACCCAUGUCUGCUUGAACGUAAACAUGCUGGACUGUGGAGAACUUAUGCAGUGCUUUAACCUGUCUGACUGCAACACACCAGAGGCUGGUUCAGGACAACAUCUGGCUGCUGCUGAAGCUCAGAUCAGAACUGCAGAAAAUUAGAGCAAUGUUUAGGAUCCUGCUGGGACAAACUGACCUGAACAACGUCUGAUCAUCAUGUAUAUUUACCACAUUGUAAUAGCCUAAUUAUGCUAAUAAUAUGAUCGUAAUCAUCCAUGGAAAACAUCCAGUGUUUUCAGUGCCAGCCAAGAUUAACCUCUGGCAAACCCAAAUUAUAAAUGUACUUUUCAGUGUAGUGACAGUCAGUGUCAUCCACCUCAGACACGACUGAUUAUGCAGCUUCUUUGAUUAAACAGUGUUAUUAUAAGAACUGUAAUUUGUUAUUUAACUGCUGGUUUAUACAAAAUUAAAAAUAAAUCAUGUGUGAUAGUUUAA